UGUGUGAGUGUUUCUGUCUGUCUGUCUGUCUCUCUCUGCACUGACUGCCAGAGAGUGCUGGCUCCAAGCAGGCAAGGCAGGGGAGGAACAUGAGCAGCUGGGGUGGGAAUUGGACUCCAAAGGCGAGAAAAGCCGAAUGAAAGAAAGGUGAGAGAAAGCCAGCCACACAACUAUGCUCGCCCUCAACGCUGUCUAUCUCUCCUCCUACCUCCUCCAGAUCACCAGCACCUUCUACCAAGUCAUCGCCUUGGAAGGGGUUGACCUGAUUGGAGAUGGUGUGGAAGGGGACCUGCUCUUCCUGAUGGACAGCUCUGGCAGCAUCUCCCCUUACGAGUUCAUGAGAAUGAAGAACUUUGUGGCGGAUUUAGUGAGACCGCUCCCCAUCGGGCCCCAUGACAUCCAAAUCGGUUUUGUCCACAUCAGCGACGAUCCUGUGGUGGAGUUCCCCUUCGAUGAGUACACGUCGGACUCUGCCUUGCAGUGGGCUCUCCUGAACAUGAAACAGAAGCUGGGGGACACUAACUCGGGCAAGGCCCUAUCUCACGCUGCCGACACCAUGUUUACGCAUCAAGCCGGUUCGAGGCCAGACCUCCCCAAGGUGGUGCUGUGGCUGACCGAUGGGAUUUCGACAGAUGACAUCUCUGGGCCCAUACAACAGCUCAAUGACCUGGGUGUGACCAGGUUCAUUGUCAGCAUUGGAAGGGGUAAUUACCUUGAGCUUAAAAACGCAGCCAGCCAGCCACCGGAUAAACAUCUCUACUAUGUAGACUCCGAUGACAUGUUUGUCAUCACUGAAGAACUACGAUACGAGAUUCUAAAUCUAAUGCGAGUGAAGAAACUGAGAGCCCUGGAUGUGACUGAUACCAGCUUUCGCUUGCUGUGGCCCAAGCUGUUAGGAAGUAGCUCAGAAUAUUACCUGAUCGAAUACAAUCCAGCACCCGACUCGCAAAGAAUACUGCGGAAAUUGGUCGCGGGAGACGAAACAAGUGCUGUUUUGACCCAGCUAUCUCCAGAGACCACCUAUGAAGUGAGACUUACCCCUAUGAAUGAUGAAAACAAUAUCAAACCGCUAGUAACCAAGGUAACUACACGCGAAGGGGAAGACAGCCCAGUGUCGAUCGUCAUCUCCGAGUCGAGCUCUGAAGGUUUCCGUGUCAGCUGGGCUCCAACUCCCGAGAGCAUUGCUUCUUACCUGGUGGUGUUUGGGGUCUUGCCGAGUGGACAGCCCAGCUCCCUCCAUGUGGACGGGAGGCAGAACACUGUAGUCCUAAACAAACUGGAGCCCAGCACCACCUAUCUGGUCACUGUGUCGGCCUUGUACAAAUCUGGCAGAGAAAAGGCUUUGUCGGCGAAAGCUUGUACCCGGGAGCUCUCCGACUCAGGCUCUGUGAGUCAAUUGUGGCCUUACGAGAUCACACCCGACAGUGUGGUGGCAACCUGGGACCCUACGCACGGCAGAGUGCUCAACUACCAGGUGACGUGCCCCCCACAGGCGGGCAGAAGACCCCCCGAGGCCGCACAGCGACCGGCUCGGAGUGUGCAACUAACAGAUCCGGUCGUGGUGAAUGCAACGCAGAAUUGUGUUGAAGCCAAGUCUGAAAAGGGAAGUGGCCACUGCAGGAAGUCAGGCAACCAGUUUGGUUCUUUGCCAGCUACCAGAUCCAAUAAAUCUCUCUGCACGAAAGGUCGAGACUGUUAGCAAAGCGGCCUGAAUUAUUGAGUCAUGCUGCGUCACCAUCACGAGAACUCAGCCAAAGCUAGACACUGCUCUAGAUGGUGUUGAUAAAAUGGAUCCGCAGACUUUAAUCAGAUCAGGUCGGAAGACAAGUCAGCCUUGUCAGUAUUGUAAGAUGCUGGGAUAUGUUAUGGGAACUGAGUGUUCUCUCUUUCAAGUCUCCUGGAACUUCCAAACUCCCAGUUUAUAAUGUUGGGGAUGUGCAUUGAUUCAGCGAGUUAACUCAUGGUUUCUGUGUCUCUGUGCAGUAUCGAAGGAACAGUCCAAACUGUUCCCAAAACGGAACCGUUUGAAAUGCGAAUUACACGUUUAAACGUGCGUGCGUCCAGUUGAUAGAAGACACAAAAAAAAAAACCCGCGGGAGAUUUUUUUCACACGUGAUACAUACAUAAUACAACUCUCGGUUUGUUCCGUGCCUCCCAGGCAGUGUCUCGAAGUGGCGAACGUAGAGGGAGAGUUCAGACUGUUCGUAUCUCUGCGCAUGUAUUAUUAAAUGCAUUCACUGUAAUCUAACUCGUAUCAGAUUAAAAUGUGAACGAUUGUAUUGUAAAA